AGUGAUGAAAGUUUCGGCUAUAAAUACGCUUUCCAAGGUCUCGUUUUUCUCUCAAGAUUUCCAUUGAGUAGUGGUGUUGUGCUUCUUGGUUCUCUUCUCCGAUCGGCCGUCGUCAUUUCAUUGCUUUGGUUGGAGUUUCUGGAAUGGAUCACAUUAAGAGUCCAUUCAAGGGAGUUAGUGAAGAUUUCAAAGGAAGAGCAGCAUGUUAUAAGCAAGAUUGGGUUCGUGGAUUCCAUUCAGGCUUCAGGUUGAUCUCUCAGGCACUCAUGAGGCUUUGUGUUUGCUCUGUUAUGUUUCUUAUGAUUUUUCUUUCUGAGACAGAUGGGGCAUUGAGCACAGUUGAAACUUUAGCUUCUACUGCCAUUUGUGGCAUAAUACAUGCAAUUCUUGGUGGACAACCCAUGCUGAUUGUUGGAGUCGCUGAGCCAACAGUGAUAAUGUACACAUACUUAUACAAUUUUGCCAAGCAUCGUUCUGAUCUGGGUGGGCGUCUCUAUUUGGCCUGGGCUGGAUGGGUUUGUAUCUGGACCGCUUGCUUCCUUUUUCUUCUUGCAAUGUUCAAUGCUUCUGCCAUUAUCAGUAGAUUUACUAGAGUUGCAGGAGAACUCUUUGGGAUGUUGAUCACUGUUCUCUUCAUUCAAGAAGCUAUCAAGGGUAUUGUUAGUGAGUUCAAUAUACCAAAGGGUGAAGACCACAGUCAAUCUCUUUACCAAUUCCAUUGGCUAUAUACAAAUGGAUUAUUGGGCAUCAUAUUCUCAAUCGGCUUAUUAUACACAGCAUUGAAAAGCAGGAGGGCGAGGUCAUGGCGUUAUGGCACAGGUUGGUUUAGAAGUUUCAUUGCUGACUAUGGAGUCCCCUUGAUGGUCCUAGUGUGGACAGCAAUGUCAUAUGCAGUCCCAAACAAAGUUCCUUCUGGUGUUCCAAGGAGGCUGUUCAGUCCACUUCCAUGGGAAGCAGAAUCAUUGCAUCAUUGGACUGUUGCAAAAGGUAAUCAUGAUCUGCUGUCUGUUCCCCCCACAUACAUAUUUGCUGCUCUGAUACCAGCUGUAAUGGUUGCGGGACUAUACUUUUUCGAUCAUAGUGUUGCUUCGCAAAUGGCCCAGCAGAAGGAAUUUAACCUGAGAAAUCCUCCUUCUUACCAUUAUGAUAUACUGGUCCUUGGUCUUAUGGUUUUGAUUUGUGGGUUGCUAGGAAUACCCCCUUCUAAUGGGGUCCUACCUCAGUCACCUAUGCACACUAAAAGCCUGGCAGUUCUCAAGAGACAGUUAAUCCGUAAGAAGAUGGUCAAUUGUGCCAAGGAGAGCAUAAGACAGAAGGCUAGCAGCACAGAAAUCUUCGGGAAAAUGGAAGAGAUUUUCAUAGAAAUGGAUGAACGGCGUACUCCUACAAUAACAGUGGAUAAGGAGCUCAAGGACCUUAAGGAUGCAGUUAUGAGAAAUGAAGACAAUGGCAUGGAAUUGAAUGGUCCUUUUGAUCCAGAGAAGCACAUUGAUGCCCACCUACCUGUUCGAGUCAAUGAGCAAAGAGUCUCCAAUUUAUUACAGUCCCUUUUGGUUGGAGCUUGUGUAGGAGCUAUGCCAUUUAUCAAGAAGAUACCAACAUCUGUUCUUUGGGGAUAUUUUGCUUACAUGGCCAUUGACAGUCUUCCCGGGAAUCAGUUCUGGGAGAGGCUAUUACUUCUAUUCAUUACUCCUCGCCGCCGGUUCAAGGUUCUUGAAGGUCCUCAUGCUUCAUUUGUGGAGACAGUACCCUUUAAGGCAACAGCAGCAUUCACAAUCUUCCAAUUUGUGUACCUUCUACUUUGCUUUGGUGUGACAUGGAUACCGAUCGCAGGAAUAUUGUUUCCAUUACCAUUUUUCCUCCUGAUUAUUAUUAGACAGCAUGUUCUACCAAAGUUCUUUAGACGGCAUCACUUGUCGGAACUGGAUGCAGCCGAGUAUGAAGAAUUCUGUGCAACACCUCGCCGUAACGGCAGCUUUUCAUUCCAUGACUGCGAAGAAUCCGAAACUGGCAGUGGCAAUGACAGUGUGGAAGUUUGUGAUGCUGAGAUUCUAGAUGCUCUAACAACCAGCAGAGGAGAGUUUAAACGUAGAUCUGUUAGCUUCAAUGAUAGGUCCCUGCAGGUUCAUCCAGAGCAGGUCCCUCAAAAGUAAAUGCAAAUUGAAAUGAAGAAGGUUGUUGCUAGUAAAACAGUGAAAAUACUGUCUUGGUGACAAGAUUCUAAUCAUUCUUUGGUUUUUAAUUUGGUGGUCUGGACCAUGAUUUUCUUUGAAGGAAGGAAGUGCUUGAAUUUUCAGAGGAUAAAGAGAGAAUUCAAGAGCAAUUAGGAAUGACAUCUGAUUUCCAUUUUGUCACUAAAUGUACAGAUGAAUAUUAUGACCUGUUUGUUAGACUUUACAAGCUAAUGUACUAUUUUGAAUGGAAAACAAGAGCUUGAUCAAAUUCAAUUUCUCUGUUCCAUUGUUUUCUUGUAUUUUGAAUUCUCUGGCAUGAAAUUGAUAGAUGAAGAAAAUGAUUACUUGAUCCAAAGCAGUGUAAAUGUGA